AUGGCCGAUCAACUCACUGAUGAUCAGAUCUCUGAGUUCAAGGAAGCCUUCAGCCUCUUUGACAAGGACGGUGAUGGCUGUAUCACUACCAAGGAGCUUGGGACUGUCAUGAGAUCUUUGGGCCAAAACCCAACCGAGGUUGAGCUACAAGACAUGAUUAAUGAAGUUGAUGCUGAUAGUAACGGGACCAUCGAUUUUCCUGAAUUCUUAAAUCUCAUGGCUAGAAAGAUGAAAGACACUGACUCUGAGGAAGAGUUGAAAGAGGCUUUCAGAGUUUUUGACAAGGAUCAAAAUGGCUUUAUAUCUGCUUCUGAGCUGCGUCAUGUGAUGACAAACCUCGGGGAAAAGCUCACUGAUGAGGAAGUUAAUGAGAUGAUCCAGGAGGCUGAUGUUGAUGGGGAUGGGCAGAUAAAUUAUGAGGAAUUUGUCAAGGUCAUGAUGGCCAAAUGA